AUGGAUGAUGAUAGGGAAAUGCAAUAUCAUCAAGCAAAUCAUCCAUUUCAUUCUCACCAUCUAAUGGUCCCUAUCAGCUGCUUCAUUAGUUACGCUGGAUAUUUGAGGCAGUCACAAGUGAAUGUGCCUUAA